AGUGCUCCCUGCGCGCCCCCUGUGCCCCGCGCUGGUGCUUCAAGGCGCCUGUGCUCCUGCCUCUGCUUCCUCGCCAAUCCCUGCCCUUCCACCUCCUCCGUCUGUCUCGCGCCCUGCUUCCCCGCAGCCUCCUUGGCCCGUCGGCGGUUCACCCCGGGUCAGCCCUUUUGCUUGACAGCUGCAGCGUUAAGAAAAAAAAAAAGAUUUUUGCAAAAGACGUAGGUGUACAGUUUAAAGGCCCAGAGAAUAUAGAAGGGUGCGAAGGAGUCCACUCAAAGUCCCGUGUCCCAGGAACGACUGGGGUUAUCAAUUUGGUGGCCAGCCUUCCAGAUGUGUCUGAGUACUCUUCGUGUACACACGCUCGGUUCUGUUCGGGAACCUGUCACCUUCUCUGGGCCCUGCAUUGGGAGCAUGUUCGCGUUGGGCUGCCCCGCGCAGCUCCAGAUCCUUUCUUCUGGCCUGAGGUCUCCCUGCUGAAUAGCCUACCCAGCCCCCACUGUGGGCACUGAGCUGUUGACAGCUGCAGAGAACACUCAUGCCGCUGGUCUGCGGGGUCAGAGCACACAUCUCACGCUGCCAUAGUUGUGGUCACCCCCACGGCCUCUCUUAGCUGUCGGCUCAGGGCACCCCACUCAGCUGCUAAAGCCCCACACUCUCCCUAGCUCCUGGUUCUUCUCCAGGGGUUUCUGCGGGAUCCUCCUCCCAGCAUGCCUUUUUCCCAUUUGGCCCCUUUCUCAUUGCUCAUGUGCCUGUGGGCUGGUCCUGGGAUUUCUGUGACUUCACAUUCUUGUCUGUAAAGAGGGGUGGCCCUUCCACUUCCCACAGAUAUUUGCAGGGCUUCUGAGCUGGGGAUGGCUCUGGGCUGGAGGGGCAGCAGAAAGACGGCUGAGACAUUGCCAUCUGGGUAGGAACAGGCCAGGCCUGUGAGAGACUUCGGGGCCACUGCUUGUGGCUGAGCUGCCUGAGGUGGGCAGGCGAAGCCGUCACCUGCUGUGGCCUGGUCAGCCGUGUGUGUGGUGCUCACAGAAGGUUCAGGUGGCAGCAGAGGGAGGCUUGUGGGUUUCAAGAUGGCAAGCUUGUCAUUUGCUGUCAUCAGGCCUUGCAAGGCUGUGUUCCUUCUGGACCCCUAGACCCCAGAGGUGACAGAUGGCUGUGUGAGGUGGCUGGGAUUUGCCCCACGGUGGCUGGGGCAUCUGGGCAGGGCUUGGAGGUCAGGAACAUGGAUGGGACUCAGGUUCAGAUCUGGGCUGGUAAGGGGACAGUGGUGGGGCAUCUGUACUGCGGCCAUUGUAGUUGGUUGUUGCUGAAUAGGGGAGCCGUGUUUCCCCGUGGCUGCCCUGAAGCCAUAUAGUGUCCCUCUGCAGUGGCACCACCAGGAGCUGCCUGAUGCCUCUUGAGGGCAGGGGGCCCUGCAGCUCCAAUGUGGCCCUUGCUAAGGUUUUGGAAUGAGUGGUGAGGCCCCAGGGAGACUCGACUUGCCUCUGUUGAGUGCUGGGACCAGUGUCCAGCAACCUUACUCAGCCCCUGGCCUUGAAGAUGCAGGUGGGCCCAGGUGGGUGGGUGGCUGUGCAGCUGCCUGGAGAGGGGAGUGGCAGGGCCUGAGGCAGUGGGGAAGAGCCCGAGGUGGCCUUGGCGCCUUGUCCCCUCCCUGUGCAUUUCCCUUCUCCAUGUGUGGAGGUGGAGAUGCUUCUCUCACACGUUGUCCACACAGCAGCCACAGAAGUCUGUUUCCCCAGCCCACUGAGUGUUCUGCAGGGUGAGGGGCCCAGAGCAUCCUGUGGAGCAGGGGCUGGCCAGGAUGUUGGCCGAAGCUGCAUUCUGGUCUCCAUCGGGGGCAAGAACGUCAUGCUGGACUGCGGGAUGCACAUGGGCUUCAGCGACGACAGGCGCUUCCCUGACUUUUCCUACAUUACCCGCAACGGCCGGCUGACGGACUUCCUGGACUGUGUGAUCAUCAGCCACUUCCACCUGGACCACUGUGGGGCACUGCCCUACUUCAGCGAGAUGGUGGGCUACGACGGGCCCAUCUACAUGACCCAGCCCACCCAGGCCAUCUGCCCCAUCCUGCUGGAGGACUACCGUAAGAUCGCCGUGGACAAGAAGGGUGAGGCCAACUUCUUCACGUCCCAGAUGAUCAAGGACUGCAUGAAGAAGGUGGUGGCCGUCCACCUCCACCAGACAGUCCAGGUGGACGAUGAACUGGAAAUCAAGGCUUACUAUGCAGGCCACGUGCUGGGAGCAGCCAUGUUCCAGAUCAAAGUGGGCUCAGAGUCUGUGGUCUACACGGGUGAUUACAACAUGACCCCGGACCGGCACUUGGGAGCUGCCUGGAUCGACAAAUGCCGCCCCAACCUGCUCAUCACAGAGUCCACGUACGCAACCACCAUCCGAGACUCCAAGCGCUGCCGGGAGCGAGACUUCCUGAAGAAGGUUCACGAGACCGUGGAGCGUGGUGGGAAGGUGCUGAUCCCCGUGUUUGCUCUGGGCCGCGCUCAGGAGCUCUGCAUCCUGUUGGAGACCUUCUGGGAGCGCAUGGACCUGAAGGCCCCCAUCUACUUCUCCACGGGUCUGACGGAGAAGGCCAACCACUACUACAAGCUCUUUAUCCCCUGGACCAACCAGAAGAUCCGGAAGACCUUUGUGCAGAGGAACAUGUUUGAAUUCAAGCACAUCAAGGCCUUCGACCGGGCGUUUGCCGACAGCCCUGGUCCGAUGGUGCGGUCAGGGUUGGGGGGUCCUGCCAGGCUGGGGCCCUGCCUGCAGGUCGUGUUUGCCACACCAGGGAUGCUGCAUGCUGGCCAAUCCCUCCAGAUCUUCCGGAAGUGGGCAGGGAGUGAGAGGAACAUGGUCAUCAUGCCUGGCUACUGCGUGCAGGGCACCGUGGGCCACAAGAUCCUCAGUGGGCAGCGCAAGCUGGAGAUGGAGGGUCGGCAGGUGCUGGAGGUCAAGAUGCAGGUGGAGUACAUGUCCUUCAGUGCCCACGCAGACGCCAAGGGCAUCAUGCAGCUGGUGGGCCAGGCGGAGCCAGAGAACGUGCUGCUGGUGCAUGGCGAGGCCAAGAAGAUGGAGUUUCUGAAGCAAAAGAUUGAGCAGGAAUUCCGGGUCAGCUGCUAUAUGCCGGCCAACGGCGAGACGGUGACGCUGUCCACAAGCCCCAGCAUCCCUGUGGGCAUCUCGCUGGGGCUGCUGAAGCGGGAGAUGGCACAGGGGCUACUCCCGGAUGCCAAGAAGCCCCGGCUCUUGCACGGCACCCUGAUCAUGAAGGACAGUAACUUCCGGCUCGUGUCCUCAGAGCAGGCCCUCAAGGAGCUGGGCCUAUCCGAGCACCAGCUGCGCUUCACCUGCCGUGUGCACCUGCACGACACACGCAAGGAGCAGGAGACAGCCUUGCGCGUGUACAGCCACCUGAAGAGUGUCCUCAAGGACCACUGCGUGCAGCACCUUCCUGACGGCUCCGUGACCGUGGAGUCCAUCCUCAUCCAGGCUGCCGCCCACUCAGAGGACCCAAGCACCAAGGUGCUGCUGGUCUCCUGGACCUACCAGGAUGAGGAGUUGGGAAGCUACCUCACGUCUCUGCUCAAGAAGGGCCUGCCCCAGGCCAGCUGAGGCCCCACUGUCAGGCACCCGCCUCUGCCCUUUCCCAGCCGAAGGGACCUGGUCUCCACUCCAGAACUGUCUGCACCUGGCUCUGCCCUGGCCUAGCCAGAUGGACCUGGCUCCCACCCCAGGCUCUGCCCUGUGUCUUCGAUGUGGAACCUCACCCGUGGGGAAACCACAGGGCCAUGCACCUGCCCAAGCAGCUGCUUUUGGCCAAAGAAAUACAGGGGCCAGGUGGCCUCUUCACCUUUUAUUUCUACUCCUGGGCCCCCGGAAGAUGGUUAGGGGCUCCCGGGGUACUGAUUUCCAUUAAAAACAGAACCACAGGC